AGGAAACAUCAAUUUUUAGACUUUUUACUUUUAUAGACAGGAAAUUGCAAACGUUGAACAAUGAAUCCAAGAAUAUGCAUGUUUUUGUUCGUCAUUAUUGCAAUAUUAUCCAUUUCAGUUGCACUUCCAAUUGACCCAUUUGGUCCUCCAAUGGGUAGUCCAUUUGGUACUCCAAUGGGAAGUCCGAUGAAUUCUCCCAUGGAUGAUCAAAGUGACGAUUCUAAUGGAUUGACUGCAGCCUCUGCUACGACUGAGAAAAAGGUUGAAGAUGUCGUAAAUCACGUGAUAAGUGUUGUUGAUCAACAAAAAGACCAGCAAUCUCCAAUGAAUAUGAUGUCUCCGAUGAUGCAACCAAUGCCUAUCUGAUGAUGUAAUUUGAAAGAAUGGAACGGUUAAUUAGAUUUUAUAGGAUUGAAAAUAUCAUAUAAUGUCUCCAAGAAGAUGAAAUGCAGACCAUUUUUGUGCUACAAAUUUAUUUUGGAACAUUAAACUUAGUUUUGCACUGAUAAA